AUGUUAGAUGGUCUGGAUGACAUGGAUGGCGCCGAGGAUGUCCCUUUUGAUGAGCUCAUAGGCAUGCAAGGCUUAGUAUUUCACUUGGUUGAGAAUGCAAUUACAAUAUGUAUUACAUACAAGUCUGAUAGAUUCAAGAGAAUGAAGAGUGAAGAAUACUAUACUAUAAAUACGUCAACUACAGAUAACCCUCCCAACUACAAUGUUGCACCUGACAACCUCCUACUCGACGAGGCCAAGCUAUCUGCAAGGGACCAUGCUGCUGGACGUUCCUAA